UUUCAUCUGCGAUCAGAGCCUCAGAGGAGAAGGGCUGAGAUCUCUUGUUUCUGGAAGACAAAAUGAAUGCAACCAGGUGUUCUCAACCUAAUAAGAAAUUAUUCGAACACACAGUUCUGCCUACUCUUCACAUCUUGGUGUUUAUUGUUGGACUGACUGCUAAUGGAUGGGGAUUGAACUCUUUGCGGCGCAACUGGAAGAAACUGGGAAAUAUCAACAUCUUUGUCCUAAACCUUGGACUAGCAGACAUUCUGUAUCUGCUCACUCUCCCCUUCCUGAUCCUGUACCACAUGAAAGGAAAUACAUGGAUCUUUGGAGAAGGAUUCUGCUUGGUAACAAGAUUUUGCUUCAACCUGAAUCUGUACUGCAGCAUCGGGUUCCUCACCUGUAUAAGUGUGUACAGGUACCUGUCCAUCGUCCAUCCCAUGAGAGCAAUGGGGAGAUUGACCGCGACUCACUCUGUGGUCAUCUCAGUCGUUGUUUGGAUUUUGGUGGGUGUUCAGAGUUUUCCAGACAUGUUUUACCCAAAAACAUUUGGGGGAAAAAAAUGUUUUGACAGUACCUCAAAUGAACAUAUGAAGAGUUACCUGAAAUACUCCAUCAUAUGGACGUCAUUUGGAUUUUGCAUCCCAUUCCUCAUCACCAUUUGGAGCUACGGACAUGUGACUCUGGUUGUCUGCCGCUCAGAAACGAUUGACAAGGACCUGAAACGACGCAGCUUGAAGCUGUUGGUAAUUUUGAUUCUUCUCUUCUUGCUUUGUUAUGCACCCUACCAUGUCUUCAAGAACCUCAGCAUGUAUUCCAGAGUCCUGAUUAGUCAGGGAACAUGCCCCGAAUGGGAUUCUGGAAUCUUCAAUGCUCGUCAGGCAAGUCGUGGUCUUGUGAGCCUGAAUAGUGCUCUCAACCCACUGGUUUACCUCCACGUUUAUGAAGACAUGGGUGCUCAAGUCAGGCAGCAGCUGCAAGGAGGGCAACAGAUGUUCAGUCGAUUGUUUAAGUCAAAUUCUUGCUCUGUGCCGGUAGCACAGAGUGAAACAAAUGAUGUGUAACAUUUUUCUUUUUCAUUCAAUAUAAUAAUUAAUACUUUUGUACAUUCUUGUAAAGUUUUUUAUGCUUUCUUUUCUCUAUUCUUAUGUUGUCAGCUGCAAAAAAUGUAAGUAAUAAUUUUAAAGUGAGGUCAGAUCUGUUUCAAUGUUGCACUAUUUUAGUGAAACAACAUAGUUUUAGAAUAAUAAAACCUUGUACAAUG